UCGUUUGUUGCAUCAGUAAAGAGUCUCUGAUUCUCUAUGCACUUGCUUGCUGCUUGCCUUCCGCCGCCGCAUACAGCUGCCUACCGCCGUCUCGGCAGGUCCCCGCCACAAGACGCAGUUCACACACUCCGUCGUUCGAUCCACUCCUCUAGUUCUCGCCACCGGCCGCCACACAACGUCUCUGUCCCGUCGGCGUCUCGUCGAGAGACGGAGAGAGCUUUCGGUCUGAAUGGGUUAUCUUCGAUACGGUGGACAGACUUUUAGGCAGAUAUUAAGAUGUAAAAGUGCCGGCAAUGUGGUCCGAAACUCCGUGAGGUCGCAACUGGGGUGUGAAGGCGCUGCGUUAUCGUGGUACUACUCCCCUUUUGCGAGGAAGACUCUUUAUUCGACGUCUUCCGAUGCCAGGAUAGUGCAGGACCUUCUAGCUCAGGUGGAGAAGGAUAGGCUUAGAGAGAAAAAUGAGAGAAUGAGGGCUGGCUUGGACACUGCUGACAUUGAUGCUGAGUGUGAAGAGGACUACAUGGGUGUUGGCCCUCUCAUUGAGAAGCUUGAAAAGGAGAAGCUCAAGGAGUGUCCUGAAUUGAUGCGCUAUGAAGAGCCAACUGACUCUGAUAGCGAUGAAGAUGAGUAUGAGACCAGCCAGAAGAAGUUUGAUGAUUUUGAGAGGAAGUUCAAGAGGCACCAAGAUUUGCUUAAGAACUUCACUGACGCUGACACACUCGAUGAUGCUUUCAAGUGGAUGAACAGAAUUGACAAGUUUGAGAACAGGCAUUUCAGGCUCCGUCCUGAAUACAGGGUUAUUGGGGAGCUCAUGAAUCGUCUCAAAGUAGUAACUGACCAGAAGGAUAAGUUCAUCCUGCAGAACAAGCUUAAUAGGGCCUUGAGAUUGGUGCAGUGGAAGGAGGCUUUUGAUCCUGAUAACCCUGACAAUUAUGGUGUCAUUCAACAUGAACAGUUGGGACCUACUGCAGAUGCCCUGCAACAUGCUGGCUUUGAAAAGGAGAAGCAAACCAUACAAGGAGAAGGAGAUGCUGCUGACGACGAUGAUGAACAAGAGUUUGAUGACAUGAAAGAAAAAGACAACAUUAUACUGGCUAAACUUGAUGCGAUUGACAAGAAACUUGAGGAGAAACUAGCAGAACUUGAGUAUACAUUUGGAAAGAAGGGAAAGGUUCUCGAAGAAGAGAUCAGAGAUCUUGCAGAGGAGAGAAAUGAGUUAACCGAGAAGAAAAGAAGGCCUCUUUACCGGAAGGGUUUUGAUGUAAAGUUGAUAAAUGUGAACCGAACUUGUAAAGUCACAAAGGGUGGACAAGUCGUUAAGUACACUGCUAUGCUGGCUUGUGGCAACUAUAAUGGAGUUGUCGGUUUUGCAAAAGCCAAAGGCCCUGCAGUUCCAGUUGCCCUCCAGAAGGCAUAUGAGAAGUGCUUUCAGAAUUUGCAUUUUGUUGAGCGUCAUGAGGAGCAUACAAUUGCACAUGCAAUACAAACCUCUUAUAAAAAGACCAAGGUGUAUCUCUGGCCUGCCCCCACUGCAACUGGCAUGAAAGCUGGCAGAAUAGUCCAAACCAUACUGCAUUUAGCUGGUUUUAAGAAUGUCAAGUCGAAGGUUGUUGGUUCCAGAAACCCUCAUAACACGGUUAAGGCUGUCUUCAAAGCGCUUAAUGCGAUUGAAACGCCAAGGGAUGUCCAAGAGAAGUUUGGCCGGACUGUGGUUGAGAAGUAUCUUUUGUAGUGGACAUGGAGAUGUGAUGAGUUCAGUGCUUUUUGUUAUCUUCCAUGAAAUAUCUUUUUGUCCUCCUUUCAUGUGUACUUACCAGAAAGAAUCAGAAGACAGUGAACCUUAGGUAUGGAAUUUUGUCUGUAUUUAACUUUUCUUUCAUAAACACAAAAGGAUCAAUAAUUUAGGAAGGGUCCUUUUGCUUUUAUGUUUGUAUUCUUUUGCGAGGCAUUCUUCCCGCAAUUAUUUUAGCCGCUUUCCAUUA